GGUACACCGACGCGACCGACAGCCGUGACAAGCUUUAUGCGCUUCUCGGCCUGGUCUAUCACCAGCCAGUGCAUUCGGAGAGUGCGGAACCCUGGGCCGAACUAGGGAUUGUCCCAUCUUACGAGGAGCCAACAUGGCGUGUUUACGCCCAGCUGGCACAAUUGGUCACAAAUGCUACUGGCGGCACGCUCGACAUGCUCUCCCAGUGCCAGGGUUACAGAAAGGUGCACGGCCUGCCUACGUGGGCGCCUGACUGGACUUGUCGGCCAGUAUACGAGUCUUUCCCCUCAGGAGUGACGGCGAAGCCAUUGACUUUUGACACUGUCCCCUCGCCGCAUCUGCCUCCAGCGUCAUUCUCCGCAGACCUACGGAUCAUGUCAGUCCGUGGCUUCGUAAUCGGGGUUGUGGCGGACGCCACCUUGUUAGCCUCGAGCGGCCCAGCUUCCACCACAAGCAGGCCUGGGGGGCAGGCGGUACCUGUGGCUAGCCUGGGCAUGCGAGGAAUGGCCUUGACUGGCGCCUGGAUGGACUUGAAACAGGAGAACGACCCAUUGCUGCCAGUAGUGGAAGCCGCGGUCUGGUUCAUCGUGGCAAGUUCUGGAUGGCUUUUUGAGAAGGGCAUUUGCACACUAUGUUUGCGAUUGUUCUCUUGCGGGAUCCAGCGAUAUAUGCUCUGGCGCUCCCUGCCGAGCAGCAGUUUUGCGCAUGUGCUUGGCGAACUGGACAAGGUAACGGAGCUAGUGGCGGAGCUUUCCGCUGAUGUCCGACUCGGGAAACAAAGGAGCGAAGCCUUGCGGAGGGAAAAGAGAGCGGCUCAGCGAAGAUCCAGAGAGCAGCCUGGCUCGGAAAACUUCGAAUCCUACAACUUCGAGCCCAGCGAGGAGGGGCAUAUGUUGCCGCGUGCCAUGGAGAACAUCUAUAGGCCUUUAGAAGGCGAUGAGGAGACGAUGCGAGAGGAUCACCUCAGCCAUUGGCUUGUGCAAUGGUGCAGCGUCCUCGACAAAAGUUGGUACAGUGAACACAAUUUCGGGACAUCAUGCCGCGAACCGCGGCGCGGUGAUGUUAUUGUGCUGCUGGUGGGCUCUCGGGGCGCACAUCUGCUCAGGCCAGAUGAUGCUGACGGGCACUGGUCGCUCGUGGGGAAUGCAAAUCUGGGCCUCUGUAUACGUUGGCUUUGGGACGAUGCGGUGCGUUUGUAUCACGAGGGAAAAUGUGAGUUAGCUGUUUUUGAUCUAAAGUGAGAACCGGAUAAUAAAGGCGAACAUCGCGCCAGUUUAUAGCCUGCCAGAGAGAUGUUGGUACGGGAC